AUGACCGAAGGUGGCGACCAGAUCUGGAGGAUCCGGAGGAUCGGGUGGGUCACAACGUCAAGGGAGACGGCGGAAGACGAUUCGUCGGGAGACUGCGGGUGGCCGGAGGAGGAGGAGAAGAGCUGCUUCACGAAGAGGAGAACUGAGGUGGCGAGCAACGGCGGUGGAGACUCAUCUUCUAUCGGCGGCGCUUUCUCGGGAAGCGGGCCUGGGAGAAACUCGUAA